CCAUGCGCUCCUGAUGCAGGACACUAAGCGUCGUCUGCUGGAGCGGGGCUACAAAAAGCCUGUGCUGCUGCUGCACCCUCUGGGUGGCUGGACCAAAGAGGAUGAUGUACCGCUGGACUGGCGCAUGAAGCAGCAUGCUGCUGUGCUGGACGAAGAAGUGCUGGAUCCAGAGAACACCAUUGUGGCCAUUUUCCCCUCACCCAUGAUGUAUGCUGGGCCUACAGAGGUACAGUGGCAUUGUCGGGCCAGGAUGAUC